AUGGGCAUUAAAAUCAGUGAAAAGUUCCUCAAUGAUCUAACCACUAAGCUUAUCAAGGCCGCCGACGGUGGUCAAAAGCUGGGAGUUACCGACCCCGACGAGGUUGGACAAUAUGUCUGCUCCGUCCUAGCUUUAGGCUGUGAACUUAUUCCCGUCAUUGGAAGCAGCCUCAGCGCGCUUACCACCCUGUUGGGAAGUUUAUUCUUCCACCCGAAUGCAACUGAGAAGAUCUGGGAGAAGCUGCGGGAGCGCAUCGAGGCACUCGUUGAUACCAAGAUCACAGAAACUCAGAUGGACAUUCUGAGGAAGAAGAUCCGAGGUCUUCAAGAUAAUAUGGAGAACUACACACGGGUCUGGGAAGACUACAAGGAUUCUUCGGGUGAGGAACAGAUGAGAGCAAGGGACACGCUCAAAACGACUCACAUCGCUUUUUUGAGCGUGGUCAGGGCUGCCAUUCCCGAGUUUCGGGUCGAACGCUUUGCAGUGCCUUCUCUCCCCUUGUUUGCUCUUGCAGCCAACAUUCAUCUCAUGCUACUAUCUGAUGGAAUCAGGCAUGGCAUAGCCUGGGGCUACUCGGAAAAGAACGUCAACACCAUGCGUGCCGAGUUUAGGAAGAAAACGUCGCCCCAGGCUGUUGUUGAACAGGCAGCAAGCAUCGCCUCGGAACAAAACCAUCUACUCAAAGGAGCUAUUGCCACAGCCAUCGACUUAGAAAUGCCAACUACUAUAAUCGCUACUUGGAAAGACGCAUAUUCCGACCUUGCUGUUCCUGCAUCAGGAUCCGCAGGAAAUGGAGAAGGUUACGAUGAUCUCGACUAUGCAACCUACGCCUACAAGAUCUAUCGUAAAGGGCGCGGACAAGUCAAGCCUUACCGUGCGGAGCUUAAUGACGCCGACAAUAGAGGAAGCACAGCUGCAGCCACGCUCAGGGCCUACGCAGACUACGACUCCGGCAUGGUCAUGAAUGUACUCAACUACGCCGAGUAUUGGCCGUACCUGGCAGGAGACAAGAUGCCCGAGUCCGUCUUGAAAAGAUUGGAUCGAGAGAUCUUCUUUGGCCCGUUUGGUCGUCACACGACUAAUGCUGCAUGGAGCGAAUACAGUGAAGCUCCUAUCACCGACCGUGGUCCUCGCAUCACUUCCGCGUACGUGAGGGGAUGGGAUGACAUUGAUGGAUUGCAGAUGAGGUACGGAGACUCCUGGGGUCAUGCCUACGGAUCGACUACUGGGGGUGCGCCCAAACAACUUGACCUCGCGGAGGACGAAUACUUCUAUUGGGUUAGUGUUUACUACGGACAAAAACUUGGAAAGCUUAGGUUCUGGAACAAUAAGGAUAAGGCUUUGGAAUGCGGCAGUGGAAAGCAUGGAUCAUACUAUGGCUGUGCUGCACCACCAGGCUAUAGGUUGACAAGUGUCUAUAUUACCAAGUGGGAACGCUUCACUCCACCAGGCUGUGAGGGUAUCAUCUUGGGCUUCAGACCAUCUAUAAUCGAGUUUACGCCUAAUUAA